AUGGCUGCUUUUGAUAGUUUGGAUGCGUUCACAUCGGAAUUUCAACUGUAUCAGCAUGUAACCUGCAUUUUACGUUACUACCGCACUGAAACCAGCAGCCGUCGCUUAAGUCCAUCAAAGCAAAAAAAGGAUUUAGAGAUGUCUGACGUCUCUCUCGGCCAACGCUGCCGAAAUUCCGAAUCGCAAAAAUUGAAGAAAUGUUCACGGAAAAAAUUCUACUACCGCUACCUGGAAGUGGAAGUCUAUCUCGACCCACAAUUCACGGAUGGGUUGAGAUAUUGUAAAAGAAAUCAAGAGCCUGAUGAAAAGAUGCUCGGAGAAUUCUUAGCUAAUUGGAUGAUAUUCAUCUUCAAGCCAGCCAACAUUCCUCCUUUUCGUGAACUUUUUGACAGAGAGAACAACCAGGAUCGAUUGAAAAACAUCACCGAAUUUUCAAUUAUCGAGCAACAUUUCAGCCUACGAUUCAUCCGAUUUCGAGCAUCAACAUAUUCGAAGUCAAAUAAGUCAAUAUUGCGACAUGAUCAUGGAGCUCCAGCUAACUUGAGCAAUAAUACUGACAGUGUGCCUUGUCCGCGCCAUGGAUUGAUCCGUGGGAUCAUCAAGCAUGAAGAAAUUGCAAACUAUACAUAUAUUGAGUGCCUGUGUUUUAUCCCAAAAAAUGGUGGCAAAAUUGCGGAUCUACUGUGA